UCUUCAUAGCAGCGUUAUUCAUAAUAGCCCAAAAGUGGAAGCGAUGUAGAUGUCCACUUAGUGAUGGAUAAAUGUGGUCUGUCAUGCAGUGGAAUAUUACACAGCCAAGAAAAUGAAUGGAGUACUGGCUUCCUACCACAUAAGUGAGUCUCAAAGUCAUUAUCCUAAAUGAAAGAAGGCAGACAAAAGAGCAACUGUGUGUGAUUCCACUGACACGGAAUGCCAGUCUAAUCCCUAGGCAGUGUAUUAAUGAUAGUCAGAGGCUAAGUAGAUGAGAGAAUGGGGUUUGAUUGCUUAUAUAGCCAUAGAGUCCCUUGUAGGUUGAGGAAAAUGUAAAAAAAAAAAAAAAAGAAAGGAGUUCAGUGAUAGUUGCAUUGUGAAUAUACUAAAAACUGCAUUGUAUACUUCGAAUGGAUGGGUUUUCUGAUACGGAAAUUAUCUCUCUAGGCAUGCUGUCUUUGCCGAGUCCACAUAACACUGCCCGCACCGAGUUUUGGAUCAGCUGCUCUGAAACAGGCCGCGCAGGCGACAGUGGUGAACCCCAGAGAGAGCCACGCUGGGAUCCCUCGUCGGAGUCUUAAGGUCUGUGGCUGUGGGCUCAUUGCUCCUUUCUAGAUCUGCGGAUACUUAACCACGGAGGCCCUGGGAGGAAAAAAAGAAAUGGGAUCAGGUGUUCAAAUCGUGCUGGGUGCUGCAGCAGCAAGAACCAUCAGUCUGCGGGACUCCGCAUGUGACCAAUGAGACCACUGUCAAGGGAGCGUUGGAGACCACCCAGCGGGUCUGCCGGCUGGAGCCCGCAACGGCCCUAGUGCGCAGGCGCCUGUGUCUGCGGUUGCCUAGCAGCGCAGGGUAGCGUUGGGCAGCAUGGCGGCCAGUGCCGGGAGUGAGAGCCAGAGCGGGAGCGGAAGCGCGCCCGGCACCGUGAGCGCGGUCGUGAGCGAGCACCUGCGGCGGCUGGGUCUGCGCGAGUUCCCGUGCGGCACAGGCAGCUGGAACCGAUCCCGCUUCCUUCCACCCACUCGGCGAGCCUGGAAGGAACUGGUGCCCGGAGAGGUGGCCAUGGGUCCUGAGGAGGAGCCAGUGGAGGCCCUGCUGGGCCUGGUGCGCAGCCCUCAGUCGCCCUGGGCUCUGCCUGAGGACUCCAGUGCUGAGGACCAGUUCCUGCGAGAGCUGGCCAUCCAGAGCCCGCUGAUGAUCAGAGAUACCUUCUUCUACUCCUACUUCCGGUCCCUGCGGGUGGUGGACAAGCAGGUGAGCCAGGUGGACAGAGACCUCCUGAAGUUCCUGAAGUUGGAGGAGCUGGUGCUGAGCGCCAACCGGAUCAAGGAAGUCGAUGCCGCCAACCUGCCCCCCACACUCAAGGUGCUGGAGCUGUAUGGCAACGAGCUGGGCAGCGCGGAGUGUCUGUGUGCGCACCCGCCACCUGGCCUGCAGCACCUGGGCUUGGGCCAGAACCAGCUGUGUGGCCCCUCGGAGUGCCUCUACGUCACUGCCAGCCACUGGCGCGGCCCUCUCCCCUCAGACCUCUUGCCGCAGGAGGCGCAGCUGCUGGUGACCCUCGGGAACAUCAGGGGCGUCGUGGACUCCUCGGUCUUGGACCCCGAGCCGGGGCCCGAAGGCCCGUUUGUCGCCUACAGCUACUAUGUGACCUACGACUUCCUGGAGGAGGAGGAGGAGGAGGAGCAGGCGCGGGAGCGGGGCGAGGCCAGCGAGUACGGCGGGGUCCUGGCCAAGAUCGUGAAGCCUGCGUCCAGCACGGAGCUGCUCGGGGAGGAGCCCGCCGAGGACGCGGCCGAGGAGUCCCUGGAGUCGACGACCAUCCCCUCCUCAUCUGCCCCCAGGACGGUCCUCUUCAGCACAGACCACAAGCCUUGGGCCGACGUCAUUGCCUGCAGCUACGAGGCACAGCACAGCAUCCGGGACCUAGGGUCACUGAAGGCCUUCCUGCUGGCCGGGACCACAGUGACCAUCGUGGAGGAGAAGAUCCUCUCUUGGCCUGCGGUGACCCCUCCUGGUGACAGUCCCCUGGCAGCCAAGAAAGGAAAAGGAGAGAAUGAAAAGAAGAAGAAGGGAAAAGAUGGGAAAGACCAGAGAGGGAAAGCACAGGAGGCCCCUAAGGAAAGAGAUGCAUCACACAAGAAGAGAGAGGCCCCCAAGGAGCUGCGCCAGGACCCUCCUGUGCUGCACGUGCUCGGCAGCGGCCUGGUGGCCCUGGAGCCCCUGCUGGCCAGGGAGCCUGUGGUGUCCACUGUGUGCAACUUCGGGGUGGUCCGCACCCUGGAAUCAGACCGGCUGACAUUUGCCAGGGACUCAAAGAAGAUUAAGAAGGGUGCCAAGAAAGAGAAGAUGAAAUCAGCGGCUCGGAUCUUCGAAAGUGGCUACCAGCCUGAGCCACUGACUGUGGAGGUCGAGAUCCAGCUGAGCCAGGUCCGCUCGGUGGAGGAGGCGUGCCCCACGUCAUGGUCAUGGUCAUGGUCACGACGGCCUGGGCGCCUGGUCCCCUGCCAGGACACGGCCGUCGCCCUCACUGGGAGGGACACGGCCCAUGAGCUGCACUUCAGCUGGACCGCUGGCCCUCUGUCCCCACAGCUCUUUAUGGCCGUCGCCUUGCGAAGGGCCCUGAUGUUGGCCCUUUCCUGCCUUGUAGCUGUACCACGUCAUGGUCAUGGUCAUGGUCACGACGGCCUGGGCGCCUGGUCCCCUGCCAGGACACGGCCGUCGCCCUCACUGGGAGGGACACGGCCCAUGAGCUGCACUUCAGCUGGACCGCUGGCCCUCUGUCCCCACAGCUCUUUAUGGCCGUCGCCUUGCGAAGGGCCCUGA